AUUUCAGUUCACAAAGGAUUCUGGGCAGGGUAGUGAGAAGUCAGGUUGGCUGAUCCAUUCCUAUGACUUCACUUUGCAGAGAGAGCCAGGGAGAAGAGGAGUGACACUGCAGAAUCCUGAGGCACUGCAGUGGAGAGGUGCUUUGCAAAGACUGUGAUGUAUCACCCAUCAGCAUGUCUCCCAUCAGUCAGUCACAGUUUAUUCCACUUGGGGAAAUCCUUUGCCUGGCCAUCUCAGCAAUGAACUCUGCCCGAAAACAAGUGACACAAGAAGCACUAAUGGAGCACCUAACGACCUGCUUCCCAGGAGUUCCAACACCCAGUCCAGAAAUCCUUCGGCAUACCUUGAAUAUGCUUGUACGGGAGAGGAAAAUAUACCCGACUCCGGAUGGUUAUUUCAUUGUAACCCCGCAGACUUACUUUAUAACACCAUCUCUCAUAAGAACUAACAGUAAAUGGUACCAUUUGGAUGAGAGGAUACCUGACAGGUCUCAAUGUACCUCUCCUCAACAAGGAACUAUCACUCCCUCCACCUCGGGAUGCGUCAGGGACCGAACACUACCCAAAAACCACUGCGACUCCUGCCACUGUUGCAGAGAAGACAUGCACAGCAUGCAUGCCUCUACCCUACAGAGGAAAUCAGCAAAAGACUGUAAAGACUCCUACUGUCCUCCUUCGUUAUGUCAGGUCCCGCCUACUGAGAAAAGUAAAAGUACUGUCAAUUUUUCUUACAAAGCAGAGACGCUCACAAAGCCUAAGGAUGUAGAAAAGCAGUCGAAGAAAUUUGGCCUCAAAUUAUUCCGAUUAAGUUUUAAGAAGGACAAGACAAAACAGUUGGCAAAUUUCUCUGCCCAGUUUCCUCCGGAGGAGUGGCCGCUAAGGGACGAGGACACCCCCACCACUAUACCCAGAGAGGUAGAAAUGGAGAUUAUCAGGCGCAUUAACCCAGACUUGACUGUGGAAAACGUCAUGAGGCACACUGCACUAAUGAAGAAACUUGAAGAAGAAAAAGCUCAGCGAAGCAAAGCAGGCUCUUCAGCUCACCACAGCGGGCGAAGUAAAAAGAGCAGGAAUCACAGGAAGUCUCAUGGGAAAUCGAGGUCACACAGCAAGACUCGGGUGUCCAAAGGAGACCCAUCAGAUGGCUCUCAUUUGGAUAUUCCUGCUGAAAGGGAGUAUGAGUUCUAUGACCCCUUGACUCGAUCCCCACGGGAAGGCUGUUUUAUAAUAGAGCACAAGGGAGAUAAUUUUAUAAUGCACAGCAAUCCUAACAUGAUUGAAUCUCACUUUCCCAUGACACCAGAGUGGGACGUGUCUGGUGAGCUGGCCAAGAGAAGAACUGAAAUGCCUUUCCCUGAACCUUCCAGGGGAAGCUCCCACUCCAAGGUCCAUCGGAGCCACAGCCAUACGCAAGAUAGAAGGUCGAGGAACGAGCGGUCCAGUAAGGCUAAAGAAAGGUCUAGGUCCAUGGAUAACUCCAAGGGACCUCUGGGCUCGGCUACUUUAAGCACACCUGAAGACAUAGGUGAAGGCUGUAGCCCAGAUGACCAAACAACUAGCCAAACGUACAUUGACGAUAGUACCUUAAGGCCAUCUCAGUCGCUCAGUCAUCAAAGGGCUCUGAUUUCAUCUGCCGGCUACAAAGAGACUUGCAUCCCCGAAAUAGCUAGUGGCAGUGUAGAAACCCCCAGUUCCUGUAGCCUGUUGGACCAAAGCAAGCCUACAGAGAACUUGCCGUCGUACAGCGAGCUCAACUCCUGCACGACAAAAUCUGCCAUCGACGACUAUUUUCAGUGCAACACCUCCAGUGAGACCGUGCUCACUGCUCCAUCGCCUCUGGGAAAGAAUAAAGAGGAUCACGACACGCUGACAGGGACGGAUGGGCUCAAAAAAAUGACUCCCGUAGAAAGACAGUCUCAACACAUUGCCAGGGAGCCCGGGGUGCACAAAGAGGAGUCCCCGAAGGGCCCGAGCGGUGGUUCGGCGGUUUCUGGCCAAACUCCUGAGGUGAUCGCGAACGGGCGGCUGGUCCAACACCACAGCGCUGAAUCCAGCAGCCUGGAUAAAAGGAAAGAAAUAUUUAGCAAGGAUACGCUCUUCAAACCUCUGCACAACACUCUUUCUGUCAAUAGCUAUCAUAAGUCUAGCACACCCCUGCUAAAGCCCCAUCAAAAGACCCCCUCUGACACCUUGCCGGUCAGAUGUGAGAAACUUGAACAAGCGAUAGUAACCUCAGUCACCCAGGUCAUGCCCGUGUCCCAGAGACAGCAGGAGACAACGGGGAACCAGGAGGCCUCCUUCGACUACUACAACGUGUCCGAUGAUGACGACUCGGAGGAAGGAACCAAUAAAAACGCCGAGGAAGAAAAAAACAGGGAUGACGUCGGCACCAUGCAGUGGCUCCUAGAGAGAGAGAAAGAGAGGGAUCUGCAGCGAAAAUUUGAGAAGAAUCUCACCCUUCUCACCCCGAAGGAAACGGAAAACAGCAACAACCAGAGAGCCACCCACUCGGCCCGCCUGGACAGCAUGGACAGCAGCAGCAUUACUGUGGACAGCGGGUUCAACUCUCCACGGGCUAGUAUUUAACUGAGAGCGGUCCCUGAUCUGGCUGGCUGCAAGGCUCAGCAGCAGGGAAGCAGCAGGAACAUGUGGCAGGGUCAGGUCCACACAAGGCAGGCAAGAGCUGCCCCUUUCAGUAGCAGGUAAAUUUAGGUUGACUUUAAACCAACUACGAAACUCUGUCCUUUUUCUAGUGCUUAUUUAACAAAUAAGUCCUCUAAAUUCCUCUGUAAACAUCUCCAUAGCAAGUGGUGAUGUCAUUUUGCAAAGAAGUAGGGAUACAGGUGGAGGAUGCAUAACCAGGGACCACAUGGGUAUUUGAAAACCAAAUCUCUUUCUGCACAGGAACAUGUUAUUUGAAGAUCAAAAAUUAUUAAGAGUGGAAAGAGAACAAAAGGAGUAGUAGUGUUAAAAUAAGCCCUAGCAUAUCUUGGCUGAGUUUUUUAAAAGGGUAAAACACAGGCUCUUCUACGUUCAAAAUUAGAUGUAUCAUUAGAAAGCUUAGUCUUUAAAAGUGUCCCGUUGCUCCCCUGGACAAGUGAUAAUGUUGGAACUAAAGGAACAUUGUCCAUUUUAUGAAUGAAAUACCAGCACUAGUUCUUCUUUAGGGUAUGUUCCCAAAACAGUUAAGAUUUCUCAGCAUCUUGUAAGUUGCAACUAUCUCCACUGCAAAGCUAAAUUGAAGUGUUGUGUUUAGAAACUUGUGGGUUUAAUGUAAGGUAGCAUUUUUAGUUAAUAUUUUGUGUAGAAAAAGAUAGGUAGGAGACAACAGAGGCAGCUGUGUUAUAUGAUUACUUUCCUGGCUCUGCCUUGUCACAGAGCUGAGUUGAUGAAGUUACUUUGUGCAAAAAUGCACCAGGAAAAGAAAAUUACCAUGUUCCAUGUGCAAGAUGGAAGCUGUUUCCUUGGGUGGAAAGUCCAGAUGCUUGGUACUGGUUCAGCUUAACCCUUUGUGUGACAGCUUAGUGCUGUGCCUGAGUUCCAGUUCGAUGACUGGAACCCUCUAUGAAGAAGCACGUUGGUACCAUCAAAACGUGACGGUUCGUUGACGUGACGUUGCCCACAAACACAGGAAACCCAUUAUAAAACACUCCAUCCUUUCCUGUCUGGUCCCUAGGUAUAUAGGCAUGUCAUAUAUGAGCGUGUAUAUAUUUCUUUUCC